GAGUCUUGCUGACAGCGGCUUUGCAAAUGCUUAGGCCAAGGCUCGCAAAGUUGUCGGUCAUUUUAAGCACAGCCGAGCAAAUGCUACGGAGCUUCAAGCACAACAAGUCAGCCUGGGAAAGAAGCAAGAGCCAUUGAUCCAGGAUGUUCCAACACGUUGGAAUUCGGCGCUGGAAAUGGUCAAGCGCGUGAGCAGAAAUAAAGAGGCUGUCAUCGCAGCCCUGGACAAUCAGGAGCACAAACUCAUUUUGCCGACCGCAGCAGAGUGGGAUAAACUGCAGAGGCUGGAGACUCUUCUGGAGCCAUGCAGGUAUGUAACUGAGCUUCUGGGUGGAGAGGCCUAUGUCUCCUGUUCUGUGGUACUCCCUUCUCUCUGCCACUUGCGUCUCAAGAUGGAAGCCUGUGAUGAGAACCCUGCAUAUGUGGUGAGAUUCAAGACCAAGUUCAAGGAGGACCUAGCAUCCCGUCAGGAACAGCUCAACAAUGCAUGGCUCCAGAUUGCUACAGUUUUGGAUCCUCGUUUUAAAGACUUGAAAUGCCUGCCCAAGACAGACAGGGAAGCGGUGUGGACCACACUUGAAGGGAUGCUGCAACAAGAAUCACCCAGAAAGUCUUCACAGACACAUGAUGAUGGGCCACCCAGGAAGAAAAUAAGCCUUCUCCAAAUGGGCUCAGAUUCAGAGUCAGAAGAGGACGAGGUCCAACCUGCCAUACAGAGGUACAGAGCAGAGCCCACCAUUAAAUUGGAGGAAUGCCCCUUGAGGUGGUGGGCAUCUCAUUCAGGAGCCCAUGAGAAGCUGGCCACACUAGCUCACAAAUAUCUGGCCACUCCUGCAACCACUGUUCCCUGUGAACGGCUUUUCUCAGUUGCAGGUCACAUUGUGAUAAAAAAAAAGGUCAGCUUUACUUUCAGAAAAUGUGAAAAAGUUAGUUUGCCUCAGCAACUGGCUGAAAGAUAAUAAAGCUCAGUAGAUUUGAAAGCUGAUGUUCAAACCAAAAGACCAGUUUCAGUGCUGAAUGUUAUUAGCAACUUUGAGCAAGUGGGUUAAAGAAUGGAGGAAAAGGUCAAAUAUUGUUCUUUGGUUUGAAAAGUUUUAUUGAACAUGUUUUUUUUCCACAUAAAAACACAACAGAUGACACAAAUUGUGCAAAAAUGUGGUAGGCCACUGUUAUGAUUUGACUUCCUUUAUUUCUUUCUGUUCAAUACUGUUAAUUGUACAUCCUGGUUAAGAGGAAUGCCAAAGAGGAAGCAAUGGGACAUUCCAAAACAACGUUAUGGUGUGUAGUCUGUUUCAGCUUGAUUUAAACCCCAAUUAUUGUAAUUGCAAAAAGUGAUUAAUCCUGAUUAAUCCACUGAAAAUUCUGAUUAAUUUGAUUAAAAAUUUUAAUCAU